AUGGCAAAAGGCGACGAUUCCUUCUCCACGUCCAUCAAACAAGAGAACACGACGGUUCCUCCUCCUCCUCCUCCUCCACGUGAAACUCCCACCGCCACUCCUCCACCAAGAGAAGCCGAUCUUGCUGACGACAAAGCCCAAUCUUUACUCAACUCACUUCGCUCCACCUCCUUAGCUCCUCAAGAAACCGAGACGUGUAUGCGAUCCCUGACCAACCUCAUGACUAGCAGCAAAGACGAAGACGAGGCUCUGUUUCAAGAAGUGAUCUCAAAGCUAAACGGAAUCGAGCUUCAGAGGAUGGCCGCGUUGCUGACGUCAGAAUCCGAUGAUCGCUACUUCUUGGAGACGGCAAGAAACAAGAACGGCUCCAACCGCCUACAGAAACUCCUCGGAAAAUCAGACGACGCCGACAUCUUCUUCGCCGCCGCUAUCUUGCGCAACUUCUUCCACGUCAUGACGGACGAGCACGCGUCCCACGUCGCCGUUCAAGGGAUGCGAGUGUUCGGCGUCGAGAAGAGAUUUGCAAUGCGCGACCAGAUUCUCAACCACGCGGUUCUCCUGGCGUGUGACCAAUACGGCAGCGUCGCGCUCAGUGCAAUCAUAAGGGACGUGGCGUUUCUCUACUGCAGUACCGCCCUCUUUGAUGUUGUUGCGUCCGAAGCUCCUUUGCUAAGCUACAAUGCUUAUGGGAGCAUUGUGGUCCAACACGUGCUUAAACACUGUGGCUUGCAUAGCACGCGUAACAUUGGGGUUAGCCUCCGUGGCAAUUACGUUGAGCUCUCGUUUACGGAGGGUGGAAGAUACAUCGUGGAGAAGCUUUUGGAGAGGGAUGAAGAGACAGAGGCUUUGGUGGCGGCAGAGCUUUUGGAGUGCCAAGGAGACGAGUUGGUGAGGCUGGCGACGAGUGAGUACGGACAUUUCGUGGUGGAAAAGGCACUGAAAGUCACGCGGGUGGAUUUGUUUAGAGGUUUGGUGAACAAGCUCAAGCCUUCUCUCCCUCUGUUGCGUAGCUCUCAUCACGCCACCACCAUUGCAGAAAUCUUGGAGUCCUUUGUUACAAACUAG